GCUACAAACUUUAUUCAAAAUUUGUUUAAUUUUUGGUUGUAAUAAAUGGUUUUUCAUUUGAUAUAUAUAUGACAAAGAAAUCCACUUUGCAAAGUUGAAUGAAUCCUUGAGUGGUGAUUAGUCUCUACAUCCAGCUUGGGGAAAAUGAAAGGGUUAAAUUUUCGGUCCCUAAUCAUUUUCUCUGCAUUUCUACGUGUAUUUUUAAUUAUCUAUGGAGAAUGGCAAGAUACUCAUAUGGAGGUUAGGUAUACUGAUGUUGAUUAUCUUGUUUUCUCUGAUGCUGCGGCUUUAGUAGUUGCUGGAAAAUCACCAUACAAAAGAUCCACUUACCGUUAUUCUCCUUUGAUAGCAUUUCUUCUCGCACCGAAUUCAUUUAUUCACCAAUCAUGGGGAAAGUUUCUUUUUUCUGCUUCAGAUCUACUUGUGGGGUACUUUAUCCGUGCAAUUCUAAAGCUUCGUGGAGUGCCUGAGAAUAUAAGCAUUUACUCUGUAAGUGUAUGGCUUUUUAAUCCAUUUACGUUCACCAUUGGAACGCGGGGCAACUGUGAGCCGAUUGUUUGUGCCAUCAUUUUGUGGAUCAUUAUAUGUCUCAUGAGAGGUAAUCUUUUCCAAGGGGCUGUUUGGUAUGGGCUUGUUGUUCAUAUGAGAAUUUAUCCUAUUAUCUACGCUCUUUCUGUCAUCAUACUUCUUGAUCCUCACAACUUCCAUCCUGGUAGAAGGCCAGUGAUCAAAGACUGGAGUUCAAGACAACUCAAAUCCGAUGCAAGUUCAGUCCCAGCUAAAGUUUUUGAUUUAAACAGAUUAUGGGUUUUCUUCUCAACGAUGUUUACAAGAUCAAGAAUCUUGUUUGGAUUAAUAUCAGCAACCAUAUUCUUCUUUUUUACUGGAAUAUUUUUCUAUCUAUAUGGAUGGGAGUUCUUGCAUGAGGCCUUGUUGUACCACCUAACUCGUACAGAUCCCAGACACAAUUUUUCAAUCUAUUUUUAUCACAUUUAUCUCAAUUUUGAAAGGGAGUUCUCGGUGUUGGAAAAGCUCAUCUCGUUUCUACCUCAGUUACUAGUGCAGAUUGUUCUAAUUUCCCGUUUUGCACAAGAUCUCCCGUUCUGCUUCUUUGUCCAGACAGUAGCAUUUGUAGCAUUCAACAAGGUGAUAACAGCCCAGUAUUUUGUAUGGUUCUUCUGUCUGCUGCCGCUUAUACUACCAUGGAGCAAAAUGAAGCUGAAAUGGGAAGGCAUUUUCUGCAUUUUGUUCUGGAUCGGAGCUCAAACUCACUGGCUGUUAUGGGGUUAUAUGCUUGAAUUUAAAGGCAAGCAAGUCUUCUUGCAACUUUGGGCUGCAAGUUUAUUGUUUUUUGCUGCAAAUACUUAUGUGCUGAUCACCAUCAUUAUCCGACACACGUAUUCUCCCGUUUUUAAACGUGUAGUCCCUUCAAGCUCAAGGAAAACCAGGUGACUAGGUGACUAGGUGAGUAAAAUUAUUAUUGUUCCUGUGUAUUCCUCCUGUCUGGCAGUUUAAUGGCCCUGAAUUCGAGUUUCUUAGAGUGGCCCAUUUUUUUGGGUCGGAUUUGACUUGAUAAUGGGUCAACUUUUGUUGUACUAAAAGGAACGCGAUAGGCGAUAUGAAUUUUGAGAAAUUUAAUCAUUUCCUUUUCCUUUUAA